UGUCUACGAGUCCGCGCCUCCAUCUCCCAAACGAAAGCCGCUAGCUCUUAUGUCACCGACAGUGGCCGAUGGGCCCACCAUUUCUCUUGGAGACUUCAAGAACAAGGGAAAGCUUGUACCUAGCACAGCAGAAGCUGGCCCCGCAACAUCGCCAAUGGCUGUGGAUACGCCUCCUAUUGAGCAUCAACUCGCGACCGAUGGGGACACAAUCGAGGGCACGCCAGAAGACAUUCGCCGUCGUUUCUUCCCUAACGCAGCUCCGCAUGAUCCAUCACUUGCCUGGAUAGAAGGCUCUCCGGAGACGGAAACGGAUUCCUUGCCGUCAGUCCCCCGAUUUGAUCUCGCAGGGAGGCCUAUCGCUCCUGCAGAUGCAGAGAAGCUACCCACGCAUCUCGGUCUCCACCAUCAUGCAGAAGGCAAGCAUGCCGGAUACACACUCGACGACAUCUUUCUACUGUCACGCUCGACAGUACCCGCUCAAAGAGCGUCGAUGUUAGACUUGCUUAGCAAGAUUGCACGACAGCUAUCGAAGAUGGCCCGCCGGCAGGGAAACAAUAUCCAGGAGCUCGCAGGCCAGGAACAUGAUCUCCAUAAGCGCAUGCUCGCCGCAGGACUCGAGGCAAUGCCAGAGCGAGGCACUGUCGGCAUCAGGGCCGUCGAUCUUGUCUGGGCUUGCGUCGUUUUCUGGGACGACGACCGCGACGUUGCCGGGGUCGAGCUGAGAACUUCUACGGACGAAGUCCUCUCACCUUUGCCGAUAGAGCACAUUCUCUCUCAAAUCGCUGACGCGUUGGGCGCUGCCGUGUUUCCUUUCGAGUCCCUGCUCCAGCUACUUGAGGUCCUUCAUCGCUUCGCGCAGCACAGCAAUGAUAUCGCAUCGUCAAUUGUGAACACGCCUAAGCUGCUGGCCAACGUCAUGCGACGAUUCGUACUCCUUUCAUCCUUGCAAGAGGAGAGCCUCCAUCCCGAGCCAGAAGCUCUGCGGCUUCUCGACACAAUUGCGCAGUCAUCACGCCAGAACGCUACGGUCAUUGCAGAGUCCGCCGAGACUCUGCUUCGUUUCGUCAUUGCGCUGCCCUCUUCGUCGAUGUAUCCCGAACCGGUGGCAACUGCCCUUCUCUCCACGACUUUCCGCCUUUACACCACCUUGGCCAGGUACGGCCUCUGCUCUCAGCUAGCUACCACUGCUGCAGAGCCGCUGGAUAAGCUCGGUCGAUAUAUGCUAUCUGAGUCGUGCAAGUCGGACGCCCUUCGCGAUGCAUGGCUUUUACUGCUUGAGGCGUGGAUGGUCUGUGCUCGCGAUCCGCACAAGACGACUCCUAGCCACGACAUACUCUGGAGUCAGAUAGCCAGCUGGGGUUGGGGCGAAGAUAUUCUGAAACUACGAGAGCUCAUCGCCCCUUCGCAGACAAGAUUGUGGAUUGCGUUGUGGCGAGCCGAGUCUGCAUGGUUGGAAGGCACUUCUAUCAACGCUCCAAAAGGCGGCGAAGCAGAGAAAGUAGCAGCACUGUCGGCGAUUCAGGACGACUUUACUAGCGGCAAGGCGAAGCAAGUCGUAGAUAAUGCAGUCCAAGCACUCGAGGCCACUCUCUCGUCGUUUUCCCCAGAUGACAUCUUGUGUACGGCUUCAUGGAGACAACUUACCGAGCCUACGAACGCUCUUGCAGAGGCGCUUCGCCUCUGGUUAUCUUGCCUUCCUUCACAGAACAUUCCCCUCGUCGGACCACCUUUCCCCUUACCAUUCAUCGAGAUCUCGGCGCUCUGCGCAUCUCUUACCCUUCAUCCGCUCUGGAGAUCAGUGCGCAACAAGGCGGUACCCUCUCAUAUUCUUCCUUUCGUCAGGUCGCUUUCGCUGCUGUUGUCGGUCUACCUCGACUUUUCUCGCUUCCUCCCUGGCACGUCAGACGAUGCCUGGCUUGCCCAGGCGUUUGCGAUAGGGCUCAGGUUCGUUCCAGGAGACGAAGAGGUAGUGAUCCAUCUGCUUGAGUAUGCGUCGUCGCUCGUCAGUCCGGCUUUCAUGGAGACUCGGGGAUGGCAGAUCCCGCCCAUGAUCUGGGAAAGGAGGUGCUUGGAGUCUAUCGUACCGUUCUUGACGUUCUCUCUCGAAUGCACUCCUAUUAAGGUGGGACCGCUGCGGCCGACUCCUACGUCAAUAUUGGCUGCGACGACUCUUCGGUUACCGGCACCACCUGCAGAAACUUUAACGAAAUCAGCUACGUCGCUGCCCUUGGACCGAGACUGGAUGUUUACGCCUCUCGAUCACCUUCUCCGUUCGGGUCAGUCCGAGGUCUUCAAGUCGUUACCAUCGUCGUGGGACUUUUCGGAAAAGGAGAUGGUUCGGGCGACGUUGCUCUUGGCUAAGGUGCAUCGCGAGAUGUUGCUAUUCCACGGGUUGCAGAUCUUUGCACUCAAUCGAGAAGAGACGGUCUUCUCGUGCAUGAAGGUUUUCAUGCUCGAACAUGGGCAGCAGCAGGAAACUUCCGCAGAAGAAGUUUUCCGGGAUUCAGCCGUUGGUCGUUUCAUGGAAGAUUUGCUGGCGCCUUUCACUCCUGCCGCGGUGAGGAUGCUGCCAUCACCCUCUCCAGAAGGCCCGUCGCUCGAAGAAGUCGCGAAAGCGUUCCUGGGUUCUGGCACACCAUUCUACCAGUACUACAUCGAUUUUGUCGGCCUCUACGACUCUAUCUCCUUUAGCCAUCCCCUCUUUGCGCGUCUUCUUCUCCUACCUCUGGCCAUGCGCUACCCCACAGAUUACCGCAAAUGCCUGUGGGCAGACUUUUACCAGGUCGUACGGACAAUCAAGACGCCCAUCGAGGCUGUCGUCUCGGGCGACAUCCGGGAGUACCUCUGGCCCGCCGAGUCCGAUUCGGAGAUCAUCUCAGCAUAUCUGCGCGCACUCGUGCAGGGCGCGACGCAGAGCGCGUUCAUGCACCUCAUCGCAGUCCACCACAUCGCAUGUAAUAUCUGGCCGGACCUCGGGCAUGCUGCUGCUGGCGAGAAGGCCGUCAGACUCCUGCAGGCCGUCGUUUCGCAGGCGAAUCCUGCAACGAUUCGAGGCGUCGUGGCGUACCGCCAGGCCAAAGGAAAACUAGUAUUGCCACCUGCAUGCUUUGAUAAGCUGGACGAGGUGAAGGACGCGCGAAGGGCGCUGAUCCAGCUUGCGGGCCCUGCUGUAAAUGAUCGGCUGAAGUCGUUAUUAGACUAAUAGCGUAUACUGUAUUCUAGUGCUGUAUAAUAUGCUACAAUGUAUCCUAGCUGCCUCGAUAUUAUACUCUGCUGCGAACCCGGAUGAGGGGGCAGUGUCCGA